AUGGCUGCCAAUAGUUCCAAUUCUUCACAACCUGUUCUUUCACCAGUAAUAAAAUGGAGUGGAAAAGAUGCAGAAAAUCAAAGUGGUAGCGAAGCAAUAGUUAUUCCAUUUCGUACUGAACUUGACAAUCUUUUAAAUAAAGAACGAGAACAUUAA